ACAGACAGGCUAGCAGCUUUAAUGGGCCAGUCGGCAACCGGCUUGUCCAACAGUUUUGAUAGUGAUGUCAUUACAUAUGAAAUAGAGACGAUAGCAGAAAAUGACGCCGUUCCCGAAAUUUUGGAGGACUCCAUGAGAAGCUACACAGCGGAGCCAGUUGAAGCAACUGAGGCCGUAGAAAAUGACAUUACAACCGAUUGGAGCGCAUGGAACCCAACACUGCUUAAAAAGAAGAAAUCAGAAAAACUAGCGGUGAAAAAUGAAAAGGGAAAGCAAAAGUUUGACCAUCAACAAGCUUUCUGGGAAGAUGAGAACAAGAGAGCAGCCGAAAGACAUCAGUGGGCCAAAAAAAAACACGAAUUAGAGAUUUCGGAAGCAGAGAUGAAGUUAGAACUUUUACAAAUUGAUAUGAAAUUAAAAAACAGGCAAAGUGAAAGUCAGUGUACAUACGCAACAGAGUAUAUAUAAAUUAGAAAGGUGAAAGAGUUCCUUAUCAACACCUGAAGUUGCUUUAUUCGUACAUAUAUAUUUAUUUUUAUCAAUGAGCUCGAUGUAUUCCAAACGGUUAUGUUACGUUUUCCUCCAAAAUUUCGGGAACGUUAUCAUUUUCUGCUAUCGGCUCUAUUUAAUAUGGAAAGACUGAAAUACCAUUAAUAUUUAGUUUUUUGAAAAUUAUUAUUUAAUUUUAUUUAUAUAAAACUCAUUUGGAAGGUAUUUUCAGUGUCAAGAGUAUGCAUACGCAGAUGUUUCGAUGAUUUUUAUUUAUUUACACUAUUAUUGCGCAUUGUUGGUGCUGGCUGUAUAUUCCAAAUGGGUUCAAU